AUGUCUCCCCACAAGAGCGGCCCUUGUUUUGCCAUUGUCCAAAACUUCAAGGCAACUAAGGCAGCCUUUGCGGCCGACAUGAUAUCGUCGUUCUCGAACCUGAUUCGAAAAUCGGCGCCUGACGCGAUCAUUGAUGUCUUCAACGGAGUUGAAGACGCCGAGCUUCCUGAUCCGAGAGAUUAUGCCGCCGUGUUCUUGACCGGGGGCAUGUUCAAUCUGGCGCUCCCUGACGUGGAACCAUGGGUCGCGAGGGAGUUAGAGUACAUUUUAACAUUGAACGAAAAGGCCUCAGACACAAAGCUAGUCGGCAUCUGCUGGGGCCACCAAGCAGUUGCCCGCGCGCUAGGCGGCUCGGUCGAGUUUAUCCCCACGGGUGGGCAUGUGGUUGGUCGGAAAACCGAGAAACUUGUUGGACCUGGGAAAGACUUUUUCGACGCUGAUCAAGUGGACCUCAUCCACUUCCGCCUGCGGUGGGCUUCUAAACCAGGUGGAGGCGCAGUGCUAAUGGCCGAGGACAACUCGAUCCUAUAUUAUCCUUCUAGAAACAUCCUGACGCUGCAGGGCCAUCCAGAGUUCACCAGUUGCGUGUCUCACGGCGUCCUCGACGCCGACGGCGGCACAUUCAGCUCCAACAUGGAUGUCGAGGAAAUGGCGUCGACUCGUGCCUCGUUUGAUCAGGUAAAUGAUGGGGAAAAGGCCUUUGCCAGUGUUAUGGACUGGGUUCUUGGACGAAAGCAGGUUGUGCCUGGUUCUAAGUGA